GGGGAGACAGAGCCAACCUCACACCAGCAGCCUUCUGCCCUCCUCGCAGUGACAAGUUCCCAGUUGGAAUCAACAGGCCAGCAUUUACUGCCUGUAACCGAUAGGAUGGGGGCCAGGGAAGCGAGUGGGCACAGCUACCUGGUGGCUUGCUGGCAGCCCAUUCUGAUUCUGAUGCUGGGCACCGUACUGUCCGGUUCCACCACAGGUUGCCCGUCCCGCUGCGAGUGCAAUGCCCAGGAGCGCUCAGUCAUAUGCCACCGCAAGAAGCUUAUGUCCGUCCCUGAGGGCAUCCCCACAGAAACGCGGCUGCUGGACCUCAGCAAGAACCGCAUCAAGACCAUCAACAUGGAUGAGUUCGCAACCUACCCCAACCUGGAGGAGCUGGAGCUCAACGAAAACACCAUCUCCGCUAUUGAGCCCGGCGCCUUCAACAACCUGUACGGCCUCCGGACAUUGGGGCUGCGCAGCAACAAGCUCAAACUCAUCCAGCUGGGUGUGUUCACGGGCCUCAGCAACCUCACCCAGUUGGACAUCAGUGAGAACAAGAUAGUCAUCCUGCUGGACUAUAUGUUCCAAGACCUGUACAACCUGCGCUCCAUGGAGGUGGGCGACAAUGACUUGGUAUUCAUCUCCCACCGGGCCUUCCAUGGUCUCAGCAGCCUGGAGCAGCUGACUUUGGAAAAGUGCAACCUGACCUCGGUGCCCACCGAGGCCUUCACCCACCUUCACAGUUUGAUCUUUCUCAGGCUGCGCCACCUCAACAUCUAUGUUAUUAAGGAUUACUCCUUCAAAAGACUGUACCGGCUGAAAGUGCUGGAGAUCGCCAACUGGCCCUACCUGGACACCAUGACCUCCAAUUGCCUCUAUGGACUGAACCUCACCUCGCUGACCAUCACCAAUGGCAACCUGACCUCCAUCCCAUACGUGGCUCUCCGGCACUUGGUCUACCUACGGUUUCUGAAUCUGUCCUAUAAUCCCAUCCACACCAUUGAGGGGAAUAAGCUCCAUGACCUUCUGAGGCUCCAGGAGUUUCACCUGGUUGGGGGCAGGCUGGCUAUGAUCGAGCCCUACUCGUUCCGGGGCCUAAACUAUCUGAAGAUCUUCAAUGUGUCUGGCAAUGCCUUGAGCACCUUGGAGGAGUCUGCGUUCCACUCGGUAGGCAACCUGGAGACUCUGGCGCUUUACGAUAACCCCUUGGCAUGUGACUGCCGGCUGCUGUGGGUGUUCCGGAGACGCUGGAGGCUCAACUUCAACCGGCAGCAACCCACCUGCGCUUCACCUGAGUUCGUACAGGGAAAAGAGUUUAAAGAUUUCCCGGACGUCCUGCAGCCCAACUACUUCACGUGUCGCAAGUCCAGGAUCCGGGACCGCAAGGCACAGCAGAAAUUUGUGGACGAGGGAACUACUGUUCAUUUUGUAUGCCAGGCGGACGGUGAUCCCGCCCCAGUCAUCAUGUGGCUCUCACCCCAGAAGCAGUUCAUCACGACCAAAACCAUCGGACGACUCACAGUUUUCCCAGAUGGCACGCUUGAGGUGCGCUACGCACAGAUUCAGGAUAAUGGAACGUAUGUGUGUAUAGCCAGCAACGCCGGUGGCAAUGACACAUCUCUCGCCCACCUGCACGUCCACAGCUACUCUCCAGACUGGCCUCACCAACCCAACAAGACCUUUGCAUUCAUCUCCAACCAGCCCAAUGAGAAUGGUGGCAAUGGGACGAACCAACGUCCCGUUCCCUUCGACAUCAAGACCUUAAUCAUCGCCACCACUAUGGGUUUCAUAUCUUUCCUUGGUGUCGUCCUGUUUUGUCUGGUGCUACUCUUUCUAUGGAGUAGAGGUAAAGGGGCCACAAAGCACAACAUAGAGAUUGAGUAUGUGCCACGCAAGUCAGACGCUGGGAUGAGCAGCAACAACGCAGACGCCCCUCGCAAGUUUAACAUGAAAAUGAUUUAACGGGACCAAGGGAGCAAACAGACUCUACACUUGAAAUUGUAAAAAAAAAAAAAAAAACGUCAAAUCCUCCCUUACAAAUCUGUGGAUCCUGGGAUGUAAUCAUGAAGUAAUCUGUUUUCCCUGACUUAACUGUUGGAGAUGGAGAGAGAAGUUCCUUGCUUUCGUAAUAUGUUGAGUAUAUGAGGGGGAUGAUAGCAAAGCAGACGCUAAACAGCGUUGGCAAUUUCUGCAAGGCCUUUAGGUACGUUUGUUCGAAAGCUAAUUUUGUUGUGUGCGAUUCAUAUUCUUGUGGAUUUAUAUUGGGAAGAAAUUAUAGAAAAAAAAGAGAUGAACCCUUCUCUAUGUAUGUAAUAACCUGCCUUCACUGUCCUUUUGCCUGUGUUCUUAGUUUAUAGAUUUUUUACAGAAAUUGAAAUAUUUGUUUACCAAAAUGUUAAGAGUAGAUUGUAUGGGUUGAUGAGCACAUUUAAACAAUCCCUUCUGGUACUUUGUCAGUCAGAAUAUACAGUACCAGUCAAAGGUUUGGACACACCUACUCAUUCAAGGGUCUUUCUUUAUUUUUACUAUUUUCUACGUUGCAGAGUAAUAAUGAAGACAUCAAACCUAUGAAAUAACACAUAUGGAAUCAUGUAGUAACCAAAAAAGUGUUAAACAAACCAAAAUAGAUUUUAGAUUUUAGAUUCUUCAAAGUAGCCACCCUUUGCCUUAAUGACAGCGUUCCACACUAUUUUCAUUCUCUCAACCAGCGUCACCUGGAAUACUUUUCCAUCAGUCUUAAAGGAGUUCCACAUAUGCAGAGCACUUGUUGGCUGCUUUUCCUUCACUCUGCUGUACAACUCAUCCCAAACCAUCUCAAUUGAGUUAUGGUUGGGUGAUUGUGGAGACCAGGUCAUCUUGAUGCAGCAUUCCAUCACUCUCCUUCUUGGUUAAAUAGCCCUUACACAGCCUGGAAGUGUUUUGGGUCAUUGUCCUGUUGAAAAACAAAUGAUAGUCCCACAAAGCACAUACCAGACGGGAUGGCGUAUCACUGCCGAAUGCUGUGGUAGCCAUGCUGGUUAAGUGUAAAUAAAUCAAUGACAGUGUCACCAGCAAAGCACCCCAAUACCAUCACAACUCCUCCAUGCUUCACGGUGGGAAUCACACAUGCAGAGAUCAUCCGUUCACCUACUCUGCGUCUCACAAAGACAUGGCUGUUGGAACCAAAAAUCUCCAAUUUGGACUCAGAGCAAAGGACAGAUUUGCACCGGUCUAAUGUCCAUUACUCAUGUUUCUUGGCUCAAGCAUGCCUCUUCUUAUUAUUGGUGUUCUUUAGUAGUGGUUUCUUUGCAGCAAUUCGACCAUGAAGGCCUGAUUCUCUUCAUCUCUUCUGAACAGUUGAUGUUGAGAUGUGUCUGUUACUUGAACUCUGUGAAGCUUUUAUUUGGGCUGCAAUUUCUGAGGCUGGUAACUCUAAUGAAGUUAUCCUCUGCUGCAGAGGUAACUCUGGGUCUUCCUUUCUUGUGGCGGUCCUCAUGCAAGCCAAAGUUCUAGAAAUUUUCAAGGUUGACUGACCUUCAUGUCUUAAAGUAAUGAUGGACUGUUGUUUCUUUGCUUAUUUGAGCUGUUCUUAUCAUAAUAUGGACUUGGUCUUUUACCUAAUAUGGCUAUCUUCUGUAUACCACCCCUACCUUGUCACAACAGAACUGUUUGGCUCAAACACAUUAAGAAGGAAAGAAAUUCCACAAAUGACCUUUAACAAGGCACACCUGUUUAUUGAAAUGCAUUCCAGGUGACUACCUCAUGAAGCUGGUUGAGAGAAUGCCAAGAGUAUGCAAAGGUUUCUUCAAGGCAAAGGGUGGCUGCUUUGAAGAAUCUCAAAUAUAAAAUAAUUUUGAUUUGUUUAACACUUUUUCUGGUUACUACAUAGUUUUGAUGUC